CAUUGUUCUUUAGAGUUUGAGACAGGGAGACCGGCUGUCCAGUUGCCAAGUAACCUGUCUCGUGUUACCUUCCAGACUCUCUGAUUCACAAUGCAUGAUGUCAAGACACACACACACACACACACACACACACACACAUAGCCACUCAUUGCACACACUUGUCUCUGCAUCACAACUCACUAGACCUGCUCUUUCCUGAAGGACGCAGCUAUGAUGAUGCUGUAGUUUUAGUUAGGUGUGUGUGUGUGUGUGUCAGACUGCUUGUGUCUCAGCAUGCACAUAUGGCAUCUGAGUUUGUGUCUAGUUUCUUUAGUUAGUUACUUUUAAAAGUCGGUUUUUGUGCUUUUAAUAGAUUGACGUGCUUCACAGUCCUCAGGUUAGUCAUCAGGUUUUAAUUGACUUGUGUAAACGUCUGUGUGCUCAUCUAAACUUCGAGAACAUCCACACAGAGAGUGUGUAGGCAGUGCAGGUACCAGGAUGAGGUGUGUAGCAGGGCUUCUGUGCUGUUCUGUGCUGCUAAUGCAGCUGAUGACCAUCAUCUCACAAACUGCAGAUUAUUCAGCCAGUGGAGACUGUUCUCAGAUCACUUCAUGUGAUCGCUGCACCACUGGAGACCCCACCCUCAACCUGACAGGCUGUAUCUGGAGAAGCUGUGACAAUGACAAUAACACACGCUGCAUCUCUAGCACAGGCGAUUCUGGAGACUGUGCAGUGUACAAUGACACCAGCUCCUGCCCAGUUAUUGGGGGUCCUGAUGACAUUGGUCCAGAUGACUCCUCUUCUGGCUCAGUGCCACAGUUUUCACAGGCUUCUUUUGACCUGUCCAGUUUCAUUGGUGGCAUCAUACUGGUGUUGGUGUUGCAAGCAGGGGCCUUUUUUGCCAUGCGCUUCCUCAAGCCCAAGGACAGCACCUAUGAGACCAUUGAUCAACCCCAGUGAGAAGAUAAACCUGAGAAAAAAAGGAAGAACUAUUGCAGAAGACGGAAAUAGCGAAAAUAAUGAAAUUGAAUAAUUUAGUGAAUUUAAGAUGUGGUGUUCUUUGGUUGGCUUAAUGUUUUUUAAAUAAUGUUUGCAUAUGUGUUGUUUUGACAAAUCUUGUGUCUGAGUCAUAUAUUUUGGUGCUGCAUGAUGUCUGCUUUACUGUUAAUUAAUGAUUUUCAGUGUGAUUUGUUGAUUUGAAUAGGAAAUACACAAAAAUCCUGAUACAUUUUAGUCUAAUUGUGAUUUGUGUGUGUUGGUCCAUGCAAGUAUGUUAUAUUGUCACCGUAGUUUAUGGUUUUCAGAUUUUGAGAGUGCAAUAUCAUAGAUUGUCUAUGUGUCUUUAUAUUUAUUUUGUAUGUUAUUUAUUGAUACCCUGAAUAGGUAUUAUGUUUUCCUUAUUCUUUACCAAGCAAUAAAGUGAUGUGGUUAUGAACGCAAGUUCUG